UCUUUUUAGAAAUGGAUACCCAAAUUAGACCCCUCGAUACCACCUUCCUCACUCGCGGGUCCUUACGGGUACGAAUCCUGAAGGUCGAUUCACCUACAUUAUUUUGGGUGCAAAUCGACCACGCGCGGAAGGACCUCGAAGAACUAAUAGACGACCUCACCGGAAGAAUGACUCGGAGAGGAGCAUCCCUGCGGCUUUGGCUGCAUCACGCGUUCGUGGGAACCGUGGUCGCCGUAAAGGAAGGAAAGAAAUGGCAGCGGGGAAUAAUAACGAAAAUAGAGGAAGGAAGCCAGGCAACGGUAGCACUCCGAGACUGGGGUCGCACAAUCCGGCGAAAUCUCUUUGACUUGUACACUCUCGAAGAACGAUUCUGCGAGAAACCGUGGCAAGCCAUACCUUGCGGACUUGGCCACGUCAGGCCCGCAGGAGACCGGAUCAGAUGGUCUCGAAGGGCCUGCGAACUAGCGCGGUUGAUCCUAGAGAAACGAGACGGGUGGAUGAGAAUCAUUCAGCCCAUCCGAGACGACGCGGCGAUUAUCUCGCUUGAACUAAAGCGAGAAACCGAGGAUGAGACUCGUGAUGUGAGGCAACUCUUCAUUCAACUAGGCUGUGCUCAGGCCGCCAAGGAUCCAGCCUCUCCAGGGUUGCCCGGAGUAGGAGGAUUUUAAAAUAAUCACCAUUUGUAAAAAAAAAAUAUAUAUAUAUAUAUAUAUAUAUUUGUGUGUAAUAGCAAUAAUGAACAUAUGAAUAAAAAGGCGAAACAAAUAAAUUAAGUAGAUUAAUAAGACAAAGAAGAACAAGGAAAGGACCUUGCUUCCUUCUUCUCCAUCUUUCCUUUUUCUUCUUUCUUUAGUAGUAUACCCACUUAUCUUACACCUAGUAGGGAUUGCAGGAUCGGACAAUUCUUUUUUUUUAUUUGUAAAGAAGACACUAAAAUUGUCCACAAUUUAUCCGCGUCAAAAAAAUCGCACCUAUACGACAAUUUUAGUAAAAUAAAAAAAAAAGAAAACACGAGCAAAUAAUAAUAAGAUAUUAAUAAUAACCAAUUUGUCCAAUCCUAACAACCCACCAAACAAAUGAUAAAUAAGUAAGAUAAUGUAAAACGAACAAAAAAAAAAGGGAGAGAAAAAAAUCUUACGCAUAUAUUAUAAUUAUAUCAAAUAAUCCUAUAUUCUAAAAAAAAAGGAAAAAAAAAAUAUUUUUUGUAAGAGGUAUCUUAUCACACAAUAAUUGUAGAACAAACAAAUUAAAAUAAAGAAACCUUGCGAUAAGCCAAAUUAAUUACGUCUGUAAGAAUAAUGUCUAAUAAGUAAAAUUUAUUAAAAUUGUAAUAUUGCGACUAAGUGAAAUAAAAACAUAUACAAUGUAUAUAUACCAUCUUGAUUAAUUAAUUCUCAUUACCUAAGGACGUAAAACAAAUAAAAUUCCAACUAAUAACUUAGUAAGCGACGACACACUUUAGCGUUAUUAUAACAAUAACUUAGUAAGCGACGACACAUUUUAGCGUUAUUAUAAUUCACAUAACGGAUUUCAGAUGCCCCUUCCCCUCUACC